CACACUCGUCAUAUUACUACUAGAGUCUCGACUCGACCCGAGACUGCUCGAGAGUUCACAGCAGAGACGAUCAUCGUGGUGUGGUGUUGCAUCGCGUGGGUUUUUGCCGGCAUGUAAAAGGACGAGUUUUCAAUCAAUUAAUUUUUGACCUCUGAUCAAUCCUCGACGCGGCGAUCUUCGCUAAGGCCAGUAGCAGCAAUUGCAGCAGCAGUAAUUUCACAUUGAGCAGACGUUAAGUAAAGAGACUUUGACCGGCAAGAUGGAAAUGAGCCUUGACGACAUAAUCAAGCAAAACAAGGGCAGCAAAUCCCGACGUGGUGGCUUCGUAUCCCGACGUGGCUCGUCCCUACGUGGAGGUCGCAAACCUGGCGGCGGUGUGAUGCGCGGACGUGGGCGUGGUGGCAUUUCUCGCAGUCCACCUAGCUUUGGACGUUCUCGUCGUGGUGCCAAGGCUCGCGAUGCUUUCCUCGGCAGCACCUCACCCCGAAAGUUCGGAUCUGACUCGACCAAGCUGAUUGUCUCCAAUUUGGAUUAUGGUGUUACCGACUCCGACAUCAUCGAGCUUUUCAGCGAGUUUGGGCCUUUGAAGUCUGCUGGUGUGCACUACGACAGGUCCGGGCGCUCCCUUGGAUCCGCUGAUCUUAUUUACGAGAGGAGAGCUGAUGCCAUUAAGGCCAUGAAGCAAUACAAUGGAGUACCAUUGGACGGACGCGAGAUGAACAUCCAAUUGGCGACGUCGGAGAUUCCAAGUCCUAUCCGUGGUGGCAUUGGUGGCUUCCGACGUGGCAGCAGCCCAAUGCGCGGUAGUCGAGGUCGUGGUGGCAGUCGAGGCUCGUUCCGCGGCCGCGGUGGUCGUGGCGGCAGCAGAGGCGCCGGAGCAGUGGGCCGCGGCGGUGCUAAAACCAAGGCACCAACUGCUGAGGAACUCGACGCUGAACUCGAGGAAUACGUCAAGAGCAAGGUCUCCAGUUCUGAAGGCGCUUAAAUAACGUCAUCCACACACAAGACCACUGCCUUGUACAUAUGCUGUCUUUUUGAAAGAAAAAGAACCCGUGAUUUCGGAAAUAGGAUUAUGCUUGAGACGCGGGAACGUGUCUUUUGAAAUUGGGCCUCCACGUUUAUUCUUUUCAUUUCUUUUUCGCCAAGAUCUCAAUUUACAACGAUA